GCGCAAGCGCAAGAUGCCCGGCGUAUGCGGACGAACGCCGAGACAUCGAUCGUCCGAGAGAGCCUUGGCUGGCGCCAUCUUGGAUCGGGCCACCCGGAAAAGAACGAUCCCCAGGUACCGAGAGUAGAUCCCAGCGGGAGACCGACCCCUCCUCCCCAGUCCCCAAGGCGAGCCCCAGGAUCUAGGGUCUCGGCCUCCCCUGAGACCUCUCCCAAGAGAAGGUCUGGCGGCAGCCGCGGCUCUCCCCCUCUCCUUCGCCCCGCCCGGUUUCAGCUUUGCGACCACAGAAGAGAAUCCGGGCGCCGCCGUCGAGCAUGUUUCAUGGGAUCCCAGCCACCCCCGGGAUGGGAGCCCCUGGGAAUAAACCAGAGCUGUAUGAGGAAGUAAAGCUGUACAAGAAUGCCCGGGAAAGAGAGAAGUAUGACAACAUGGCAGAACUGUUUGCUGUGGUGAAGACAAUGCAAGCCCUGGAGAAGGCAUACAUCAAGGACUGUGUCACCCCUAAUGAGUACACAGCAGCCUGUUCCCGACUCCUGGUCCAGUACAAGGCCGCCUUCAAGCAGGUGCAAGGCUCAGAAAUCAGUUCCAUUGAUGAGUUCUGCCGAAAGUUCCGUCUUGAUUGCCCGCUAGCAAUGGAGAGGAUCAAGGAGGACCGACCAAUCACUAUCAAGGAUGACAAGGGCAACCUCAACCGAUGUAUUGCUGACAUUGUCUCGCUCUUUAUCACUGUGAUGGAUAAACUGCGUUUGGAAAUCCGUGCCAUGGAUGAGAUCCAGCCUGAUCUUCGAGAAUUAAUGGAGACCAUGAACCGCAUGAGCCACUUGCCUCCUGACUUUGAGGGUCGACAGAAAGUCAGCCAGUGGCUACAGACCUUGAGUGGCAUGUCAGCUGCAGAUGAGCUGGACGAUUCUCAGGUCCGACAGAUGCUGUUUGAUCUGGAGUCUGCCUACAAUGCCUUCAACCGCUUUCUGCACGCCUAAACCCAGAACUCUUGGAUCUCGGGAACAGACUGAUGAUCUGCAAGCUUUCGGUGUUCUCAAAGUGGUCAGAAUGCAGCUAGAAUGCUCCUCGACAUGCUGCUGGCCAGACCACAUUUCUAAUGUCCGCAGACCUCUCUGCCUCCCUGUGUUAACUUGGACUGGAAAAGUGACUUUUUUUCCUUGGCUUUCCCAAUCAAGAUUCAGGCUGAUGCAUUUCUUAGAUCUUGGUGGAGUUGUCUUGGAGUAGCUGAGCUAUAUUUCUUCCUGCUUCUCCGUCACUUUGUCUGGUCUCCUAGUGUCAUUCAUUUUAACACUUUUUAAAUGCUUCCUGUGCGCUCAGGAAAAGUGCCACCUUCAGGAAGCCUCCCAUAUUUGUUAAUGCCCACUCCCUCCUGAAAUUAUUUUGUGUUUAUGUAUCCGUAUACAUUUAUAUGUCCCCUGGAAGACUGUAAGCUCUUUGAGGGCAGAAACUGUUUUGCUUUGGAGUUUUUACAUAUUUGAGGCACUUAGUAAAUGAUUGUUUAGUUAUGUGUGCAGGGCACUUUGCAAGGAAAGAUUAAAACAUCAAGUAAGCCCACCUGCCUGUGUGUCUGGCUUCCAACUAUGUGCCAUAACCUCUGCCUGUUCCUACUUGCCUCUCUACCUUCCCAAAGUCCAUGGGCAAAUUUGCAUUAAGUAAAAAUCAUUUUACUAAGAGGUCUGCAGAAUGUCUCAUGUAGGUAAAGUGAAACCUGUGUGUGUGUAAAGACAGGCACACACACACACACACACACACACACACACAGCAAGUGGGGGUUGGUACCUGAAGUAAAUCCAGGUGUUUCCCGAAGGCUAAGCAUUCCAGGUUUUGAGGGUAGCCCUGAUAAAGGUGUGGAGGCAGGAAAUGAAUGUUCUUUAUGAGAAACAGUCCUGGGAAUAGGAAAGGAAGCUAUGUGGAACCAUUCUAAAUAAGUUGGAGUCAGUUUGUAAAAGGCUUUAAAUGCCAGACAGAGGAAUUUAUAUUUGCCCCAAAGGCAACAGGAAGCUUCCUAGGGUUUUUGAGCAAGGAAAUUAUUUGGUCAGACCUGUACUGAUGUUUAAGUUAUCCUUAGAGUUUAUAAGUUACUUCUUUCUCUUUUCUUCACCUAUAUAUUCACUGAUACUUUUUGCCAAGUUAUUAUAAACAGUCAUCAGUAGGACUAAUGAAACAUGUAAAAUAAAAAAUGGAAUGUUCCAUAAAAUCCUUAGCAUAGUAUAUUAGAUACUUUAACAAAUUGACAAAUUUGUUCUCCUCAUGUCUAACACUUGGCUUUGUUUUCCUAUUGUAGUUAAUGUAUAUAUUGUUCUGCUCCUGUUAAUCUUACUUUGCAUCAUUUCAUUCAGGUCUUUCCAUGUUUCCUUUUAUCCUUCAUAUUUAUGUUUUGUAGUGCCACUGUAUACCAGAAUUCAGCCAUUGAACAGAGGUUGUUUCCAGUUUCUCAGUGUUACAAAUAAAGAGCAAUUAGUAUUUGUA